GCCAUGUUUGUGCUGAAUGUAGUGGGAAGACAAAUAGAUGAUUGUUAUAAGAUAAAAGAAAAUGGGUGACUGAUUCAGACUUUCAAGUUGGGGUAAAAUUCGACUCAUUUGCAGUCCUAGCUAACAGACUUCGCUACAAAAUGUGAAACAAAAAUAUGCUAGCAACAUGGGGCGGCACAAAAUCCGUAACCGAUUACAAGACAACAGAAACAGUAACCCAUUUUCCUUUAUCUUAUAACAAUCAUCUAUUUGUCUUCCCACUACAUUUGCAGCCCUAAAUGAUUGCUACCGAACCACCCGGGCGACAAGCACACAAAUCGAGGAACAAGCUGUCAAUGACUAACGUUGUUAUUGAGGUUGUGACUUGUGGGAAUUCUGAAACUGUGGAUUGUAAGAAAUUAGAUUGGUGAUAAUUUGAGGAUGAUGUCGUGUUAAUUACUAAGAUUGUGCUUUUCAAACACGACGAAUAAGUUAAGUUGUUCGCCCAGUAAAUAAAAUGAAAAAGAGAUGGAUUAAAUAUAUAUUUCUUGUCUUAUGUGGGGUUCAAUUUGAUUUCUAUGCGAGAGGAUUUGGUAAAAAUGAGUGGCUCAACUCCUCAAGUGAAAAUUGAAUUAAUAGGGAUUCCCCUUCCACCUGGAAAACAAGAAUUUCAGGGAUCUAAGUUGGCCAGAACUAAAUUUUUGUGAUCAAAUUGGAAAUUGUUGCAUCGCGUGGGUACCAAAUUUACCCAUAUUCAUUUCAACCCGCCACUUUACAGCGAUUGCCUUAAUUUUCGGAUCAAAGGGAUCUACACUCUCGUCGUCGAUAACCUCUCGACGAAAUCGUCGUUAGUCAAACCUAAACUCCGAUGAUGUCGGCCGGCGAAGGAAGCGGAGGUGGAAAAGGAGAAGCAGAAGGAGGAGAAGGAGAAGGAAAGCGGCUGGAUCGUCUGCCAGAGGCUCUUGUCUGCUCGAUAAUGUCAAAGCUCGACGUGGGUUCCAUCUGCUCUGCCGCUUCCACUUGCAGAGCGUUCAGAGCUUCCGCUUCUCAAAUAUUCGCUUUCAUCCCCAGCUUCCACCUUCUGGAGAUUGCGCUUUCCAUUGAUUUAUUGAGGCGUUUAUUGCCACCAAACCCUUAUCUUAGAAGCUUGAAACUUGAUUGCGAGCGGCUGGAUGAUUCGGCCAUCAGUUUAUUAGCUCAGCCUGCCUUGCAGGAGUUGUAUGUGCACAACUGCUCUGAUUUUACUGGGAAAUUGCUUUGUGGAAUUGCUUCGAACUGUGCAGAUUUGAGGUGUCUCUACUUGGGUUCAGUGGCCGAAAAAAGAAGCAGAGCCAUUCAUAUAUCUGAUUUGGGGGACUUACUCAGUUGUUGCAAGCAGUUGGAAGCACUCGUGUUGAUGUUUGAUGUCUCAUUAAUCUCUGGUCAUGAUUUUGCCCCGAUUUGGGCGUCGGCAUCUCAGAAACUCGAAUGUCUGGAGAUUGGCUAUGUGUCCUCGGUCAUGGUAACUGAACUGCUUGCCCCAAAUCUAGCUCCCAAAUCUUCAAACUCACUUCAGCCAUCCAUUCUCCCUGGGAUUCAGAAACUUAUCCUUUCAGUGGACUCCAUCACAGACACUAUGGUUGGAACAAUAUCAAGUGGCCUAUUGUCCUUAACCCACCUCGACCUCCGAGACGCACCCUUCAUGGAACCAACAAUCGUAACUGAUCUCACCAACCUUGGCCUCGAGCUUGUCAAUCAGCACGGCAAGCUGAAACAUUUGUCUCUAAUCCGAAGUCAGCAGUACCUCAUCACAUACUUCCGAAGGGUCAACGAUCUUGGGUUACUCAUGAUGGCCGAUAAGUGUGCAAACUUGGAAAGCAUAUCACUUGGAGGCUUCUGUCGUGUCACGGAUUCCGGGUUCAAAACAAUCCUCCAUUCAUGCUCCAGACUAUACAAGCUCAAAGUCUGUCAUGGGACACACUUGACAGAUCUCGUGUUCCAUGACAUCUCAGCUACUUCCCUCUCUCUGAUUCAUGUCAGCUUGAGAUGGUGUUACCUUCUCACGAAUCACGCAAUUGGGAACUUGGUCUCCAACGUGCAGAUCAAAGUACUUGACUUGCGUGAAUGCAAGAGCCUCGGUGAUGAAGCCCUCAAAGCUAUCGGUACUCUUCCCGAGUUGAAAACCUUGAGGUUGGAUGGUAUGGAUAUAAGUGACUUCGGAUUGUCUUCUCUCAGGGAAAGAGUCAUCAAGUCUCUGACUUCAUUGUCCUUGAGAGGAUGCAAGAGGCUCACUGAUAGAGCCAUCUCGGUUCUCUUCAAAGAUGCAUCGAAUCUAGAGCUGCAGGAGCUAGAUCUUUCGAACAUCCCCAGUCUCUCCGACGAAGGGAUUCUGUCUCUAGCAAGGAGUCGGGUUCCCGUCUCGGAGCUUCGUAUUAGACAGUGCCCUCUCAUCGGCGAUACAUCUGUGAUGGCACUGGCGUCGAUGCAGGUGGAUGACGACCAGCGACAUGGUAACUGUUUGCGGCUGUUGGAUAUCUACAACUGUGGUGGCAUUACGCAGCUGGCAUACAAGUGGUUGAAGAAUCCAUACUUUCCAAGGCUGAGAUGGUUGGGAAUUGCAGGGAGUGUGAACAGAGAUAUUAUAGAUGCUCUAGCCAGGAACAGACCUUUCCUGCGAGUGACGUGUCAUGGCGAGGAGAUCGGGCCAGAGCAGUGGGAUAACGUGGACGGCAGUUAUGCACAAGAGUUCGACGAAGUCGAUGGGAUUGGAGGGUGGCUCAUUGGAGAAGGCGGUGAGCACGUUCUUCACAUGCUGGAAGAUGAAGAUGAUAUGAUGCUAGGGUAAAAGCCUUGACAGCAUGUCUUUUCACUUGUGUUGUAUAUUUCUUCUCAUGUGGUCUGUUGUAGACUUGUUCAUACUUCAUACGCGUGGAACCUCUGCAGUUAGGAAUUCUGCCUGCCAGUACCUGCUGUUCCCAUAGCUGUUUGUUGUUGUUCUGCUGCAGUUCUUGAGGCUUGUUUUAGGAUCAUAUUUAAACUUUCACAAAUCUGGGUUUCUUCCAUGGUGUUGUUCAUCAGUCUUGGAGAAAGUAUAGAGAAGGAUUUGAAUCCCUCUGGAUGAAGCUACAUUCUCUGAGAGUCUUCAUUUCUAUCUGAACAUCUGUCUUCAAGUUUUGACCAAUAUGUUCCCAAGUUACUAUCAUCCCUGCAGAACGAUAGUAACUUGGACAGGUCGUUGCUUCAAGUGGUGGGUGAAAGCAACAAAACUCUCAGAACAGUGAGUGGGGGUAGAAAGAUUCUGCAGAUUCCUGGAGAGGGAAGAAUCUUGUGAGAAUUGGACAGGUCACGUUGUAAGUGUGCACGGGAAAGAGAGAACCAGAAAACAAAGCAAAAGGUGAGCACAUCUUAUCCUGUCGUUAAAUUACAUCAACGUGGAGCUUGAAGAAUCAACAAAUCAUAUUGUUGUUAUCACUCAGGUUAUUCACCAUGACUAAUCUUUCAUUACCGUCGUUGCUUGAAGUUGUAAACAACCAAAUAGUGCUCUGCUAAACCACCAUUUUGCUAACAAUAUAUUUGAGAAAUCGUGGUUAGGGGUGAUUGGCAGGAGAUGAUAUACAAUUUGCAAAGCUACAUCGUAGUUAGGGGUGAAUUAAAAAUACCCCUGAAUUAAAACUUGCAACGAAUUUGAGAAACCGUGCAUAUGCCAGAGCAUUGGCACCCUUCAAUCCAGGUUGAGCUACCACAAUCGAAAUUUCUCGACCAUAAUUUUUUAGAUCCUUCUCGUUCGGAUUUCUGACUCCUGGCAUUUGUGAAAUGUGACGUGUGUGUAUAUAUAAGCACACGGUUGGUACCAUUUGGAACAUGCGCAUGCGUGGACUAAUGAUCUCCUAUAUUAUUUGUUAACUCGACUAUCAUAUAUACCUAAUGAUAAUGAAUCUGGCCAACGUGUUCGAUCAAGUACAUUAGUCCGAUAUUAUUUUGUUAAAUUAUUAUAAUUUUGUUAAUUCAAAGAUUAAUCACUCUGGGAUCACGGGUGAUUGAAUAUGGACCGAAUUCAGGUCGGAUUAUGAAUUUUCCUAACUAACGUUAUUAUGUUACUAACACGGGGACCUAAACAUAGAUUAUAGGAUAACCUUUUUUUAUGAAGGUUAUAGAAUGAAUCAACGUCACGCAGAAAAGACUAAAAUGGCCAUAAUAAUGAACUCGUCAUCGUAAAUCAUGCACCGAAGACCGAACUGGUCCGGCCGGUGCGUAUGAACCGUCCACGGCAUCAAUCACGGUCGGGCCCGCGUCCGGCUCUUCCGGUCAGCCCGUGGGUCUUAGUACCGGCUCACUGGCCGGAUCCGCCGAUCGACCUGGUGGAGGUGGUUGCCUGGGGAGAGCUGGGUGGUCUGGUUUUUCUAUAUUUGGAUUAAUAAUUAAGGACGAGAUUAAAGAAAAGGGCGAUCAGUGCUGCACGUUUCCACGUGGUUGGAUAACAUUAAUUAAGAAUGAUCAAUUGACAUUACUACUCCACAUAGUUAGUAAAUACUCCGUUUAAUACACGUAUAUGUACCCGUACGUACUUUAUCCGUUUAAAACUUCCGUAUCCGUAAUAUUGUCAAGCAGUUUCAUUUUUGUCCGUUCAUUUGAUGGCUCCCGUAUUAAACACGUAUAAAACCCGUAUAAUACGUUUAAUAUCCGUAUUUAAUGAAUUCAAUUAUUAACUUUACUAUUAUUAAUAUAUUUAUUUAUUUUUAAAAUAAUUAAUUUUCUAUAUUUAUGACAAUCAACGUACUAUUAAACGUAACAUUAGCAU